UUUAACCCCCAAUAAAUGGAAGGAAAAUCCUCACUGUUUACUCAUCAGACAAACUACACAUAUAUUUUGUCUGUUUCAUUCUCAGCCACCCCUAAGAGUGAAGACACGACUACCACCCAGGGUUCGAAGAAGCCAAGCCAGCACAUCGUCGGCGGACAUAUCACGGACAUCAACAAUGUUCCCUACCUAGUCCAGAUCGAGGUGCUGGACAGGAUUGUCUGUAGUGGUAGCAUCAUCUCCGAACAAUGGGUCUUGAGUGUAUACCACUGCGUGGUACGCUCGUCCCACGUAUACAAAAUCCGGGCCGGUAGCAGCGACAAGAACUCGGGCGGUACAGUCCAUCAAGCGGAAAGCAUCAUCGAGCAUUAUCAUUUUCACCGACACAAGUACCUCAACACGCCUAUUAACGACAUAAGCCUGUUUCUUCUGGAAACGCCAAUAAAAAUGGAUUCGAGCAGACAGCCAAUCAAACUAUUCAACCACCAGGAAGAAAUCCCUUAUGGGGCCGAAGGCGUAGUGAGCGGAUGGGGUGCUCACGCGGAGGGUGGUCGUGGCGAUGCCCUCCGCAGUGUCACCGUGCCAAUCAUUCCCAAGGAGAAGUGUGCCCUCUUCUUCCCAGGCGCGGGCAAGCUACUACCCCCUGGUCAAAUCUGCGCUGGCUAUCCCGAGGGUGGCAAAGACUCUUGCCAGGGUGACUCAGGUGGGCCGCUUGUUAUUGGUGGGCGACUUGCUGGUCUUGUCUCAUGGGGAGUCGGCUGCGCACGCCCUAAUAAGCCCGGCGUAUAUACUGAAGUUGCUCAUUUUCGACACUGGAUCUACUAUAUAACUGGUAUCUAAGAGUUAAUUUUCUUUUUGCACAGUUAUAUCACUUUUUAAUUUUAAGCUCCAUGAUGAUUCUAGCGAUGUGCUCAGCGAAGCAUCCUGGCACAUUGAUGAAUUUACAAUAAAAUUGUAUCAUUGAUUUAAAAUAUUUUUCGAUUUCUUCUUAUAAUUCUUUUUCAUCGAUGCUCCUAUAAAUCGGUUGUUUAUGUAACCUUACCGAGUUUAACUACGGGAUUACGGAACUGGAACAAUUUUCUAGUCGAAUCUCUCGAGAUAACGUACGUACCUACUUUUACAAUAGCAGAGUGGGGUUUGGUGAUAUUUUCCAUAUUGGUAUCGACAUUUUUGUCUUGGUCUGUAAAAUAACUGUAUCCUGUAUAGUCAGCGUGUACUUUCCAGGGUGUAACGGUAUCAGUAACCUUUAAACAGGAUUUCAUGUUUCUCCCUCUACGCCAAUUCGAUUUUGAUCUCAUAACCUCUAUGGCAUAUUUCUCACAAUCAUUAUUGAAAUUGAAUAGUCCGACACAGAACGACUGCUGUCUUUAGAGGAUAAUAAAUAAUUUAUCUAUGUUUAUUAAAUAAUUAAUAAAUAUAAGUAUCUAAUCAAUUGGCUGAAUGGGUAUUCAGAGGACGUUUUAAUAUUUAAAUUCUAAGUGAAUAUUUAUACGAAAGUGACUCUUGACCAUAUAGCAAACUCAGGUAUUACACAUAAGUACAUAUUUUUUUUCGGAAUUCCUUAAAUACUUGACGCACACUAUUUUUUUAAGUGAGAGCCAUUUGGCAACGGUUCACAUGAAUUUCAAGAUUCCUUGAGCAGCGAGAGGGAAAUCUCGACAUUGUCAAAGAGCUGCACGAGUGUGGUAC